CGUUUGGGUUGCAAGCGCUAUCAAGUUUUUAAAUUGCCAAGUGGCAACCGAGGAGCGGCCGACGGAAGGAAGCGAUGCCAGCGGACGCCAAGACCCUCGACGAGAAGCACAUCAAGGCCAUCCGCGACUUCCAAAAGUCGUCCCAAAGCAACCGCCGAUGCUUUGACUGCAACGAGAUGGGCCCGCAAUACGUCUGCCUCGACUUCAACACGUUCGUCUGCACCGCGUGCAGCGGCCUCCAGUACGUGCGACCAUGAAGGCCCUGCUUAGCACCCUUGUAGCCGCGAAUUUUCGCACCGGAUCAAAUCCAUCUCCAUGUCGUCGUUCACCGACACGGAGGUCACCAACAUUGUCAAGCACGGCGGCAACGACGCGGCGCGCAAGUACUGGCUCGCGCGCUUCGACGUCAACACGCAACCGAGCUCGAACCUCAACGCGCGCGACCGCAUCCGCAAUUUUAUUCGUGACACGUACAUUGACCGACGCUGGGUGCAUGAAGAGCCCAAGAAGGAGGCGCCCAAGCCCAUCGCUGCCAAGAAGCCCGCACCGACGCCCGUGGUGACGACGGACUUUAACCCGUUUCACCUGCCACCGCCUACGGCGAACCAGCAAACGAGCGUCGCGUUUGGAGAUUUCUCGAGCUUUGGUAGCACGACGAGCAGCCACACGACGCCCGCGUCGCCGGCCAAUGACUUUGCCGAUUUCAGCCAGUUUGCCUCUGUCCCUGCGUCGGAUGCCGAUUUCUCGCCAUUUGCAUCGACAUCCAGCGGCUUUGACGCCGACUUUUCAUCCCUGAGCAAGGCGGCACCGGUCGAAGUCGACUUUUUCGCGUCGCCCGUCCGCGAAAAUACGACCGCAUCGUCGUCAUUCUUCGACACGAUUCCAUUGAGCGACCGCAUGCCGUCGGUCAAAGCCACGCCGCCGCCCGCUGUUGCAAGCCCGUCGUCGUUCCCACCGUUCUCAUCGCCGACACCCAACCCCUUUGGCGCCCAGAACCCGUUCGGUGCCUUUGACGACGCGCCCCAGACGGCCGAUCCAUUUGCAGCAUUUGCCGCGCCGACAGCGUCGACACAAGACCCAUUUGCUGGGUUCUCUUCGCCGCAGCCUGCGCGGGACAUGUUUUCGUCGCCGGCGCCCACGUCAUUGAGCGCCCCUUUCACGCCGCCGCGCCAGACCACUGUCGCGGAUCCUUUUGCACCGACGCCGCCGCGUCACAGCACUCCUGUGUCUGAUGCGUUCGCGCCGACGCCGGUCGAUCCGUUCAACGCGUUCGACUCUCUUUUUGACGCGGUGCCGGCGCCGGUGGUCAAGCCGGUCGCCGCGCCUGUCGACUUGUGGGGCCACCCGCCACCGGCCAACAAACAUCCCCACCACCAACCCCACGCGUCGCCGGUGAAGACCAACUCGACGCUGUACCACUCGGGCGCGAGCACGACCAGCUAUCCGUCUGCGACGCCGUUCGAUCACGUACCCCUUCACCCGGGCAAGCCGUACGGAAGCCACCCCAAGGCCGACGUGCGCGCGGUCAUGGACCCAUUUGCUUCGCUUGACAUUGGCAUCAAGACGACGCCGACGACACAUUCAUCGACGCACUUUGACUCGAACCCAUCUUCUAUGCAGUAUGGCGCGUCCAACCAAACGUUCCCGUCCCAACAACGCCCGCCGCAGCACGCGUACGGCGUCCCGCAUCCGGCGGCCGUGCAUGCAACGACCAACCCGUUCGACAUGUUUUAAGCCCCCCAAUAUUAACUCGUUUUUCUCUUUGCGGGCUGGACA